UAUCCACUUCAAUUUUUUUCACGAACUGGGUGCAUUUGAUUGAUGAUGCAGCUUCCUUCAGACUUGCAUAAACCAUCAGGUGUUCGGUGUAUACCUUCCCUACUUGGCAACAUACUGCGAAUCUGCGAUUUUCACAGGUCGAGUGGAAAUAUCUAUGAAGCCCCCAGAUGUUCUUCAAUGGACACAAUUGCCCUUAUAUAACAUGACUCGAAAAGCUUUUUGAAGUCAGAGAGUUUCUUUGAACUCCUAUGGACUAUGGAGUUGGGAGAGAAAAUUAUCCAUCAGUGGCAACACUCUGUUUUUAGGUCCAUUAAACAGAUCAAACAGCUCCAUGCAUACCUACUUAGAACAGGUUUGUUUUUUGUCUCGCUCAGUUUUCAAUCCAAACUCAUUUUCACAUACACUUCAAGCCUGGACAAGGACAAGCUCGACACAAACUUGGUCAACUGCUUCAACUUCAUACAGCCCACUAACCCGGUAGCCUUCAAUGUUCUAAUAUCUGAUUUUUGUCGAGAUGGGUUAUCUCAGUACGCGCUAAAAACCUUCUCUUUCAUGCAUGCUAAUGGGGUUCCUUUAGAUACAUAUUCAUUAUGUAGCUCUUUCACAGCUGCAACUUCUGUAGGAGAUGCUGAGCUGGGUAAACAGGUUCAUGGACUCUAUGUAAAAUCAGGGUGGUCGUCCAGUGUAUUUGUGGGCAGUUCUUUAGUUGGUUUAUAUUCAAAACUGUUAUUUAUUAGAGAUGCAGAGGUGGUGUUUGACGAAAUUCCUGUUAAGAACACAGUGUGUGCAAAUACACUUUUAUCUGGUUAUGGUGAAGCUAAGAUGUGGAUUGAGGGACUUGAAUUAGCCAGGAGAAUGCCCAUUUUAAAUUUAAGUUAUGAUAAUUUCUCAUUGUCGGCAAUGUUACGAGCCUGUGCAGGCUUAUCUGCAGUUGAGUUGGGUAAACAAGUGCAUGCCUAUGUGAUUCAUAAAAUUUGUGAUCUUGCGAAAGAUGUGUUUUUGCAGAGUUCUUUGAUUGAAAUGUAUGGGAAGUGUGGCCUGGUAGGGAAAGCUCGACUAGUCUUUGACUUGGCUGGAACUGAACUACGGGUACAGAGAAGGAAGGAUAUUGUCUUAUGGACUUCAAUGCUUGGUGCAUAUGGCAAAAAUGGGCAUUUUGAGAAGGUGAUUGAGUUAUAUGACAAAAUGCUUUGUGAUGGUAUCAAACCAGAUGGGGUGACAUUUGUUACUCUCAUCUCAGCUUGUUGCCAUACUGGUCAAGUGAAACUUGGUAUAAAGUAUUUUGACUCUAUGGUUCAUCACUUCAAUUUGGAGCCUGGUCCUGAGCACUACAGCUGUCUAGUAGACUUGCUUUGCAGAACUGGUGAAUUGGAUAAAGCAUGGAAGCUUGCCGAUGAGAUGCUCGCAAAAGGAAACAAUGGCACUAUUUCCUUGUGGGGGUCUCUGCUAAGUUCUUGCGAGGAUUGCGGAAAUAUUGAGUUGGGUACAUUGGCUGCUCAAAAGGCACUUGAGUUGGAACCUCAGAAUAUUGGGAUCUAUACUAAGUUAUCAAACUUGUAUGCUAGGCUUGGAAUGUGGGAUGAAAUUGACAGGUUGAAAGAAUCAAUGAAACAACGAGGGCUAAAGAAAGAUCUUGCAAAUAGUUGGAUUGAGGUCACAACUUGAAUGGAGAGACGGAGAUGGCCACAUAGAGCCAGAAAUGCUACUUCUACUUUCAUGUGAGAUUCUUCACUUGACAUGCGGAUGCAGUUGAUGCAAAACUAGCAUAGUAGCAUGGUUCACCACCUUAUAGUGGUAACCUCUCAAGGCUAAAAGGCUCAGUGAACAGAUUUAGGUACCUAUCUAUACCAGAUGUAUGUAAAGUUUCUGAGUAUGCUGAUUUCUCAAUUGAUAGUGCGAUCUUAGAAGAUGAAACUAGCAAGGUCCCAUGUCUCCGUGAUCAAACUGAUGCUCUAUCCAAAUCCAGAAACUGUUAGAUAUAAAUGGCUGCAAAAGACUGUUUGAUUGACAGCAUUUCAUUCUUUUAUUCAUUUUUAGUCUUUGGCUGUCAGGAUUUCCUGUAACCUGGCCAAGGUAGUAGUAUUAAAUUUCGGAUGUAGCCGACCCCAGAAUUGGGAUGGAGGCUUUGAUGAUGAUGAUACCAUCCUCGGGCCUCCUCCUAAAACGACUAUAAUAAUGGAUGUUAAAUUAUAGUUCUGUAUAAC